GUAAAUAAAAAAAUUAUUUAUUUUGAGAGACAGAGACUGUCUCUGUCUGAGUUGGGGAGGGGUAGAGAGAGAGGGAGACAGAGAAUCCAAAGCAGGCUCUGCGCUGUCAGCACAGAGCCCAGUGCAAAGCUCGAACUCACGAAAUUGUGAGAUCAUGCCCUGAGCCGAAACCAAGAGUCAGACACUUAACUGACCGAGCCACCCAGGUGCCCCUAAAUGCAGUUCUUCACAUACAGUCCAAGAGUAAAACAUCUUGGGAAUAGUAGUUAUGUAUCUUAUAUGUUUGCUACUAUGACCUGAGCUUGUUUAUUUGCUGGCUUCUUUAGCAACUGCAUCUGAUUUUAGGCUAAUACUGAAGCUGAAGUUCUGCUUAGUUAAUUCACUCAGAAUUUUUUAUCCCAUGGAUUGCUGUUACAUCUAAAGGCAAAACCUUAUGAGACUCCCUUUAAAAAUUCAGCUUAUUUUGGCACAACCAUUCACCUUUCUUUGAAUUGCUGUUCUGUCACCCAGCAUUUUAGCUGUUUCUUUCAUCCACAAGCUUUAUAGGUAUAUUUUCUGUCAUUUUCUAAGUCACUAUUAAAAAUAUUAUAUAGAAUGAGGUCAAGUACAGGACCUUACAGUGGUGCAAGAUAAGUGGCAGGUGAAAAGAUGUAGCAAGUAUGUAACUAUGUGAGGAAGCUAAAAUGUUAGCAAAGAGUGAAGGUCUUGAUUCAGUGUUACUUCUUUGUGGACUGUGGGUGGUGCCUAAGCUAGAACUCUUGCAAAAUGAGAGCAGUUGAAUUUUUUAGAGGAAGGUCUGGUAGCAGGGGGGGCAGUUUUACCUAAGAAUGAAGCCAGUUGUGAUUCAUAGGAUUGAUAGCUUACCUUUCAUUUUAUUGGUCUCACCUGAAUCUUCCACUUUAAGAUAUUCAUGAGCCUUAACUUCAAUUAGGCCUUUUUAUGAAUGGCGUUGAAAAUUUUGGAGGACUUUAGAUACUUUUUUUAUUACCAAGGAUGUACCUGAAUCACAUACUUCCUCUUCAGGAAUGCCUGGUCAUUUAUCAUUUCCCAUUUUUCUAUUUCUUUUUCCUGUUGGUCUUUUUCUGAAUUUUUAAGAGCCCAUCGUUGUUUGUUAUAUUUGCUGCAAAUAUUUCUCCUCGUCUUAUCAUUUGACUUUGUUUAUGGAAUCUUAUGUCACUAUUAAAGUUGCAUACCUCUCUAUUAUCAGAUUUACAGUGUGCUCUCCCCCAUUUAUGGUUUCAAGUUCCCUGUGUUGCUUAGACAGUCUUAACUCGCCCAUUAACAGGUAAUAAAAAUAUCCUCUUACAGUUUUAACUUUCUAGCUCUUCAAAAAAACCUAAACCAUAUUUAUCAUUUUUAAGAUCUAUGGCCAGAGAGUCAGUCCUUUAAAAAUGAAUUUUUACAUAUGUGUGAAAAUGUGUCUUGCAUUCAGAAGAGCAUACAAAAUGUGUGUAUUCAGUAGAAAGAUAGAUCUUUGUUUUCAUCACCCAUAUGACAAAGUAGACCAUCUCACACACAUCAGUAACCACUGUCGGGACCCUUGUCUUAAUUAUCCUCUUGCUCUUCUCUAUACUUUAACCCUCAAUGUAUCUAUUCCUACCUGAGCAACAUAUUGUUUAGUUAUGAAACAUGGAGUAACAACCUCGCUGUGUGAAGAAAGGGCAGUUUGCACUGUUGGGGAAAGCUCUGAGGACAGGAGAAGCUGACCAGUCUGCCUUCAGCCUCACUGAGACUUUCCAGUGAGGAAACUUGGAGAAGUCAUUGGGUGAGGUCAUGAGAGAACUUUGGAAACUCAGGGCCACCACAGAUGGAGGGAUUUGGUUGGGCCCUUGUGUGGGACCAGGGUAGAUUUCCAGCAGAGGUGUGGUAAUAGGAUGGGUGCUCACUGUGGCCCACCUCUUGCUCCCGUGAGCAGGUCAGAGUAGAACACUUGGGUAAAAUGAGGGUCCCCAGCUGAACCUCUGUCCUGGAGGGGAGAAUAGGAACUUCAACAACACACAGCCACGACCAACCAAGUCCAGACAAACAGCUGAGCCUGAGCCACACUCCCUGGGCAUCAUUCUUUCCUCAGAUUAAAAAGAAAAUGCACAAAACUAUAUGAGUGUGUGUGUGUGUGUGUGUGGUUGAUUAUUAUUACUUGUGGUAGUCCUGUAAAGUUUCCAUGAACACUGAAUUAGCAAAUACUGAGCAAUUGCUUCUAGGGGAAAUUCAGGGUUAGGUUCCUGUAAGCCUCUGGUCACAUUUUCAUAAGUAGACCAGUCUUGUUUUAUAAGUGAUUCUGUUGAAAGACAUCCUACUUAAUAUAUAUUGUUGAUUUAUGAAUAUAGAACUCAGCCAACAGCACUACAACUCAUGCCUGAACAAAGCUUCUCUAAUAUCUGUUUUCCCUGUAAGACACAUCACAGCUUUAUGAUGCUUAGGAACACUAGACAGCACUACAGCACUACCUUUAGGGGCCAUUUUAAACUGUGAAACUACCUAUAAACAGUACAAAAAGGUAAGAACCAUGGCACUAAAUAGGCCAUGAAAAGGACACUUAUUUAAAAUAUGAGGGCAGAAACAAGAAGGGAGAGUGUUGCCUUUGUUUGUUUGAAUAUUUAUUUAUUUUGAGAGAGUGUGUGUGCGAGCAGGAGGAGGGGCAGAGAGUGAGGGAGAGAGAGAAUCCCAAGCAGGCUCUGCAUUGACAGAGCAGUGCACCCCAAGGUGCAUUAAGUUCUUAAGAUUACUUCCCCUGCAUCCUUUCUCCAGAAACUAUAGAAGUAUAUGCUACCAAAAGAAUGAGAGGAAAACAAUGGGAAGAUGGAAUCUAGGAAUCAGAAGACCAAUACAAGAGAGAAAGCAGCAACAAAAAUCUCCAGGAAGCAGGUGCUUGUGUGUCUCAGUCGUUAAGCAUCUGACUUUGGCAAAGGUCACGAUCUCACGGUUUGUGAGUUCGAGUCCCGCAUCUGGUGAGCUCCAUCCCUGCUUUGGGUAAGCUCGAAUCCCACAUGGGGUGAGCUUGAGCCCCACUUCCGGUGAGCACAAGCCCCCCAUUGGGUAAAACACGAGUCCCGCUUCGGGUGAGCCCUGCUUCUCUCUCUCUCCCUCUCUCCCCCCUCCCCCUUUCCCCCUCCCUGGUGGGAUUCUCUUUCUCUCUGCCCUUUGCUCACUUGUGGCUCGCUCGUGCGCUCUCUCUCUCUCUCUCAAAAAAAAAAAAAAAAAAAAAAAAAUCACUAGGAAGCUAGGUGAUAAAGUGGCAACCCCCAGAAUCACUAGUCCACGUGAGAGCAGUGACUCACAAAGCCAUACAUGUCAAGUGGCCAUCAUCCAGAUCCUUAGGCCACAGUAUUGUUUUACACUGUUUACUGAAGUUUAACACAUUCAGACAAGUACACAAAUCAUAAACACAGCUUGGUUUUCACAAAGUGAACACAUCCUGUGCAGCACCUAGAUCAAGUAACAGCAUAUUACCAAAGCCCCAGAAGUCUUCCUCAUGCCCCUUCUAGUAACUACCCAAGUGACUAUCUUGACUUCUUUUUUUUUUUUCUUAAAAUUUUUUUAAUGUUUAUUAGUUUUUGAGAGAACGUGAGUGGGGGAUUGGCAGAGAGAGGGAGGCAGGCUCCAGGCUCCAAGCUGUCAGUACAGAGCCCGAUGCGGGGCCCAAACCCUUGAACUGUGAGAUCUUGACCUGAGCCGAAGUCGGACACUUAACUGACUGAGCCACCCAGGUACCCCACUAUCUUGACUUCUAACGUUCUAGAUUAAUUUUCCAUUUUGUUCAUAUAUAUGUAUAAACAUACAUACAUACAUAUAUAGUAAUGCUUGCAGCGUUUUCACGGUCAUCCGUGCACAUUACUAGCUGAGGUUAUAAAAGGCAACACAUGGGGCUCCUGGGCAGCUCAGUUGGUUGAGUAUCUACCGUCUCUUGAUUGCGGCUCAGGUCACGAUCUCACGGUUCAUGGGUUCAAGCCCCACGUUGGGCUUGCUUGGGAUUCCUCUCUCCCCUGCUCGCUCUCUCUCUCCCCCUCCCCCUCUCUCUCAAUAAAAACUUAAAAAAAAAAAAAAAAAAAAAGGAACCUAAUCCACCUUAAAAUGCACUUGAACGAUAACUUCCCUUGGUGUAGAAUUUUAAUUUGGAAAUUUCUUUCCUUUAGAACUUUGAUGACAUUAAUGCAUCACCUUUUACUGUCCCAAGUGUACCUGUUGCAAACAUCAGAUUUUCUUUAUCUUUGUGUGUAACCUCUACUCCCUUCUUCUCCCCACCCCUCUUCUAGAAGCUAGUAGAAUUAGAAUCUCUUUUUUAUGUCUGCUCUUCUGAAAUGUGAUUGGUAGGUCUCCUUUUAUCCACUGUGUUGGGUAUUCUAUGGGCACUUUCAUUCUGGCAAUUAAUAUCCUUUUUUUUCUGAGUUUUCUUCAGUUAUUUUGUUGGUUAUUGCCUCCCCUCCAUUUUCCCACUUUUAGGAUACUGAAACUUCCGGACAAGUGUUCCAAUUUUCUUCUCUUUAUGCUCUAUUCUUUCUCUCCCCCACCCUUUCUCUUGGAAGUAAUUCAGUUACUUAACCCCAGCUCCUCUGUUUUCAGUAAAAAAUGUUCUUUACAUGAGUUCCCUAGGUUCGAGACCCUCUGUUUUACCCUCUUUAAUCAAUAAACUUUUACUUUUCGCUUGGAGUGUACUGUUGGAGAGACAACUUAGAAAUUUAAAUGCUUCCUGACUCUUUAACUGUAAAGAACAAACUGAUGGUUACCAGCAAGGAGCUGGGUGGGGGAAUGGGUUAAAUACGUGAUGGGGAUCGAGGAGUGCACUUGUGAUGAGCACCAAGUGAUGUAUGGAAGUGUUGAGUCACUGUAUUGUCCACCUGAAACUAAUAUUACACUAUAUGUUAACUGGAUUUAAAUCGAACCUUAAAAAAAAAUUUAACUUUUUCUCAAAGAGCUUUUACAUAUUACAUCUGUCUACAGUUCUCCACCCUGACUUUCGUUCCAGUGGUACCUGAUGCUGCCAGUCCUGGACAUUUUGUUGUAUCCGCACUGUAAAUUGGGUUGUUUCUUAGCUUUCCCCUUUACCCAUUCUAGGAUUCAGCUGUCUUCAAUUUCCUAAGCCCAUUACCACUCAUCCGUCUACUUUCCAUCUUCCAAAUUUUGUUGCUAUUGUUUACUCUUACUCUAUCAUUAUGAAAUUGUCAAUUUUUAAAUUCCAUUACUAAAGAGUUUCAGAAAAGAACAGCAUUAGAUUUUACCUUGUUACCUGUUCUAUAGAAGACUUCAUUUUUAAAAAAUUAUGGCUCAGUCUCAAAUGCAGUUGUCAGUACCUUGCUGCCCAGUCUGGUGGCCACUAGCCAUAUGGGCACUUGAAAUGUGGCUAGUGUGGAACUGGAUUUCAAAUUGUAUUUAGUUUUGGGGCGCCUGGGUGGCUCAGUCGGUUGAGCGUCUGACUUCAGCUCAGAUCAUGAUCUCGCAUUUCAGGAGUUUGAGCCCCACAUUGGGCUCUGGACUAACAGCUCAGAACCUGGAGCCUGCUUCCGAUUCUGUCUCCCCCUCUCACUGCCCCUCCCCUGAUCGCGUUUUGUUUUUCUCUCUCAAUAAACAUUAAAAAAAUUUUUUUAAAUAACUUAUAUUUAAUUGUAAGCAAUUCUAUUUAGGGGUGCCUGACUGGCUCAGUUGGAAGAGCACGCAAUUCUUAAUCUCAGGGUGGUGAGUUCAAGCCCCACAUUGGGUGUAGAGAUUACUUAAAUAAAUAAAAACUUAAAAAGAAAUUACAUUUAAAAAGUCACAUGUGCGGGGAACCUGGAUGGCUCAGUCAGUUAAGCAUCCGACUUUAGCUUAGGUCAUGGUCUCAUGGUUCGUGAGUUCGAGCCCCAUGUCAGACUCAGCACAGAGCCCACUUCAGAUCCUCUGUCCCCCCCCCCCUCUGCUCCUCCUCCACUGGUUCUCUCUCACUCACUCAAAAUAAAUAAAUUUUAAAAAAUAAAUAAAAAUUAAAAAGUUGUAUGUGGCUAGUAGCUACCAGACUAGACAGCACAGGUCCAAUGCUGAUUAAGUAAGAAUUGGGAGUAAGUUCUUUUUUAUUUUUUAUUUUAGAAAGAUAGUGAGCAUGCAAGUGGGGGAGAGGGGCAGAGGGAAAGUGAAAGAGAACCUUAAGCAGGCUCCACAUUCAGUGCAGAACCCAACAUGGGGCUUGAUCCCAUGACCCUGGGAUCAUGACCUGAGCUGAAAUCAAAAGUUGGAUGCUCAACUGACUGAGCCACCCAGGUGCCCCUGGGAGGACUAAUCAACAUAUCUACCAUAAGGAAAAAAAUUUUUCCUAUUUCCUUUACCAUAAGGAAAUUAUUUUUUCCUAUUUUCUUCUCCUUUCUUAUAUCAGUAUGAGCACAUGGAUUCCUAUAUUCAGUGGGUUAUAAUCUGGUACUUUUAUUAUUUAUUUUGGUGCUCAGAUUAUCCUAGAUUUGACCAAUGGAAACCCCUUCAAAGUUUCUUCUGUAUCCUUUUGACAUAUAUCCAUCAUUCUUUCUGCAUCAUUCAUUCUAGAACUAGAUAUUACAGGCUCAUGUACUUGCCCUGCCCCAGUCCCUGAAAUCAACUUUCCAGGGAGCUCAGGUUCCUCUUAGUGGAGGGUGCUGUUUAGAAACCAAGAUCAUGGUGCUGUGUGUGCUCAUUGCUACCGGAGCAUCACUGCUUCUAGACCCCCCCUCAGCUGAUAAGGUAUUUUAAUGGCUAGGGGCUGUUGCAUUGGACAGUACAGAUAUAGACAUUUCCAUCAUUACAAAAAGGGAAAAGGUGGGGUUACUAGUUUUCUGAGUGGGAUGCAACUGGCUGGUGAUGGCAGUGCUGGGGCUGGAGCCCCUCUGCUGCUGGAGGGAUGCUUUCUCUCUCCCGCUAGGGCCUCCCAUUGGCAGAAUGUAAACCAGAAGCCAGCUGCCGAGACAGUUUGCAGACCCGAGACCAUGGUUGCUUAAUCUCAGCACCAUUAACAUUUUGGGCCAGGUGACUAUACUGGGCUUUGUAGGAUGUUUAGUAACAUACUUGGCCUUUACCGGCUUGAUGCCGGUAUCUCCCUCCCUCCAAAUCAAAUGUUUCCAUACAUUGCCCGAUAUCUCUUGGAGGGCAAAAUGGCCCCUGAUUAAGAACCACCUCCUAGACCCAGCAUUGCAGAGCAAAGUAUAGAAGGGUAGGCUUGAGGGGGCGCCUGGGUGGCUCGGUUGGUUGAGCAUCCGACUUCGGCUCAGGUCAUGAUCUCACGGUCCGUGAGUUCAAGCUCCGCAUCAGGCUCUGUGCUGACAGCUCAGAGCCUGGAGCCUGUUUCAGAUUCUGUGUCUCCCUCUCUCUCUGCCCCUCCCCUGUUCAUGCUCUGUCUCUCUCUGUCUCAAAAAUAAAUAAACGUUAAAAAAAAAAAAUUAAAAAAAAAAAAAAAGAAGGGUAGGCUUGAAGCUGAGAAAUAGUAGUAAUAACCAGUACCUUACUCUUGGAUUCAGAUGUCCCUGAUGUCCUUGAAAUGUGAAGGAAGGGAAGAGAAGUUAAUAUGUCUGUGACAGCCCUGCAAUAUAGAAAGAUUAUUAUAUGUUUUUUUUUUCUUUAAUUGAUGAAAAACAAUCACUUUGCAGUCAGGCAGGAUUCAAAUCUUUGCCAGUAAUUUGUUUACCUGCUCCUAAAGUUUGCUCUAGAAUUUUGUACCUUGGAGUUAUUACCAUACCUUUUUUCAGUGGGUGAACUGCUUUUUUGAGUGUUGCAUUUCAAAGUCAUUACUGAUAUGUUGUCAACCUGGAUGCAUAUUCUGUAUGUUGCCCUACUCAGGGUCAUACUGCUGAGAAUCAUGGCUAGAAAUGUUCAUAUGUAGAGAGAAGAAGAAACAUGAAUAGUAUUUAUAUCAAAGACAAGGUUUGGGGUGCCUCAGUUAGUUAAGCGUCCUACUCUUGAUUUCAGCUAAGGUUGUGAUCUCAUGAUUCAUGAGAUUGAGGCUUACAUUGGGCUCUGUGCUGACAGCACAAAACCUGCUUUGGAUCUCUCUUUCCCCUCUGUCUGCCUCUCUUCCGCUUGUGUUCUCUCUCUCUCCCCCUCCCCUCCUCCGGUCAAAAUAAAUAAACAUUUUUCUAAAACCAGUACUUUGGGGUGCCUGGGUGGCUUGUCACUUAAACGUCCGACUCAUGAUCUCAUGGUUCAUGAGUUUAAGCCCUGCGUCAAGCUCUGUACUGAUGGCAUAGAGCCUGCUUGGGAUUCUGUCUCUCCUUCUGUCUGCCCCUCACUUGCUUAUGUGUGCACUCGCUCUCUCUCUCUCAAAAUAAAUAAACUUAAAUUAAAAGCCAAUGCUUUUAUUUUAUUUUUAGCUUUAGAUAUAUACUUAUAUUUGAAUACCAGUUAAGCUGAUUUCCUAGAGACUUAUUUCAGACUCUAUAAGCACUGUUCGUUUUCCUCAUUUUGUUCUUUCCUUCUUUCUUGUCCAUACUAUUGUAUAUCACUGUCCCUGAUACAAAGAUAUGUCCUCUCUUAAAAGGAAUCUCCCAAAGAUCAGCCUGUUUACAGUAUCUUUCAACUUGUAUGUUUCAUUAUCAUCUCAUACAUAAUGUCUAAAAUUAGACUAGUAUGCUUCCUAAACCAGACUUACACUAUCUCUUUUCUCCUGGUGCUAGAGCAUUCUCUGUACUUUGUGUUCAUUAUUCCUAGUCCCCUCCAGAGUUUUGUGUCUGCUGUAGGUCCCUUUAGUUUAAAAUCAGUGAAGGAACUGGAGCUGAAUAAAGAAAAAUAUGUAACAGUUGAAGGUAACAUUUUUGAGGACCUGUUAGAUUUUAAAUUGGUUAGCCUAGACAAGAGGAGGCAGUGACUGAAUUCUUGUCUUAAACUAUGUAGUGGGUUUCUGAGAAUGAGUUUAGAAUAACUGUUCUAUGUGUGGGUAACAUAGAAGAAAGGGACCUGAGGUUGUUUUGAAGAGAGAAGGUACUUCAGGAACUGCUUGGUACCAAGAGUUGUGUCAGAGGGAGGCUAACUGGGUUCUCUUAAACCCCUCCAACCAGAAUAGUUCAUCUUUUAUUGUUUUGUUUUGUUUUGUUUCUAUGUUGGAUGCAUUUCCAUAGUUGUCUGUCCCUCACUCUUCAUACUGCAGUUUACUUGUUUACAUAUCUUUAUUUCCUAUUAAAUUUUAAGCACUAAAUGGGUACUAUAGGUGUUCAGAUUUUUUUGUUGAUUGAAAUAAUGUUGUUUAGGUAAGUCAAUGCAAAAUUAGCUCCUAAUAUCGAUCCAGGCCAAAUCUUUUCCACAAUAGAAAGAGCUGUCAUGUGCCUUGCUUGACUGGGAAUUUAUCACAAGUGCAUGCACAGACAUUUCUAGCUCAAAUAUCAUUAAAUAGGUAUCAUUAAAUCAUAUGUUUUCUGCUUCCUGUCUGUCAUAUGGUACAUUAAGGAUUUCCAGUUUUCUUCUCCUUUCCUCAAACAGUUGCAGAAAAUUAGUUUCAAAAUAUUUAAACCAUAGGCCAGGAAGUUCAGGAUGCACAAGUUGAGGGCCGGGGUGCUCGUGGGAGGUUAAUACCAUUAAAGUACGUUUAACCCUUUAGUUGUUUGGAAUGACACUCUUUUCUUACACACAUACAAUCUGUCUUUCCAGGCAGUAAGUCCCCUACUGCUAUUUGUGCUUAUUGGCCAAGGCAUCGGGAAGCCAUUCUAAACCACUCCUCUGCUGUGGUCACUGUCCACUAGUACGAUCUUCACACUGCCUUUGAGUUGUUCAGCAUGCCCAGAUCACAUACUGUGCUUGGGAAAGGUCAUUCUUGAAUGCUUUAGCUUGAAACUCAGUGACUAAUUUAUACUCUAGCAGGAAUUAACCAGUAUGGGACGUAGACCCCAUCUCUAGGGCCAAAAAAAAAAAGGAGUUUUAUUUCAUAAUUUCACUAGGUCAGCUAUUUUUCCCAUUUAUACUUCUGCACAAAACCAGACAUUAUCACUAAAAGUCCUCUUCCAUAUCACUUUAUAAGUUGAGAUGGCAUGGGAAAUUUAUCCAUGUUGGUUUGUUUGUUUAUCUUUUAAAGAGAAAAUUUUAAACACAGAAUUAAGGCUUUGCAGAUACAGGUGAAUUCCACUUUAUAUCCUUCCUUGAUUCCAUUCCAUGUCCGUCCUUCUCUCUCUACCUCCCAGAGGCAUUACUUUUUGCAGUUGGUAUGUAUUCUUUCUGUCUGCCUUUCAGUAUGCAUUCCACAUAUGUAUGUGUCCAUAAAUGGUCAUAGAAUACUGUGUUGUGUAUCUUAUUUAUUUACUUAUCUAUUUAUUUAUUGAAAGAGGGAGAGGGAGCAAGUGAGCGAGGGGCAGAGAGAGAGAAGCGAGGCUCACCCAAAGCGGGGCUCAUGUUUUUGUUUUUUUUUUAGCCCGAAGCAUGGCACAUGCUCACACCUAAUCCGGGACUCAAACUCAUGAAUCGUGAGAUUAUAACAUAAGCGGAAGUCAGAUGCUUAAUGACUGAGCCACCCAGGCGCCCCCUGUUGUGUAUUUUUAAAUUUACAUAAGUGGUUCAAAAUAGUAAGCAUGUAUCCUUUCACAGUUUGUUUUUCUGUGAGGACUGAUGGGAAUUGGUGUGUGGAGCUCAGUGUUAUAGCGUUUCAUUGUAUGAUUGUAUUGUGUCAUAGGCUGUUAAUUACCAAGUUUGAAGAUGUGUGUAUGCCAGAUUUCCUUAUAUGUCUGAAAAGACCAAAAAUGAAAAAUAAAUUAUAUAUUUGAGAGUCAGUAUUGAUUAUUGUUCUGCUGUGAAUUGAAGGAGUGAGGCCAGACAUGUUUCCACCUUACUGAGAUUUUAAAUAAAGGAGAUGGUAAUGUUUUUAAACCAUUUACCAAGAUAGGGCAUAGGUUUUCAAAAAUUAGGAAAAUACUACUCUCGAGGGGCUCCUGGGUGACUCAUUCAGUUAAGCGUCUGACUUCUGCUCAGGUCAUGAUCUCACAGUUCUUGAAUUCUAACUGCAUUGGGCUCUCUGCAUCAGCACAGAGCCUGCUUUGAAUCCUGUGCCCCCCACCCCCCACUCCCUCCCCCUCUGCCUCUUCCCUGCUCACACGCUUUCUCUCUCUCUCUCAAAAAUAAGUAUUUUUUUUAAUUAGUCUUAAAAAACAAAAUACUAGUCUAGAGUAAGAACUUGUAAAAUAGUGACUUUAGGUAGAACUGUGUUUGAUUGAUUAUCAACCUCUGUAAAUAAAUACCUAUAGGUACCUGUCUCAGAAGUAAUUCCUCAACCUCAGGGUUUCACUUUAGAGAAGUUAUAUGAUUGACAAAAUUAGAGUCUCUUAGAAAUAGUAAACACUACACUAAAUGUAUCCCUGUGCCACAGCAAAUAAAAAGUACUGAAGACAUCCACUUCUGAAACAAACAAGCGAAAAUGGAUUUAUUGUUGUCAGAAGGCAUGCCUCAGUGGAUGACCCUGCAUGGUAAUCAUUGGCUUGCCACUUAAUGACAGUGUGCUUUUGGAACAAGGUACUUAAUGCCUGUGUCCUCAGUUUAUUCAUCUGUAAAAGAACAACAGGUCAGUGACCACACCAUUUUCAGCAGGUGCCUGGGGCAUCAGGGUCAGUUAAACACUGAUUGGUUGUUGAAGGAACCAUUGCUGGGUAGAGAUGAGCCGAGGGAGAUUCUCCUAUGUUGUGUUAUGCCCAUUUAAGUGUUUUAAUUUCUGUAGCCCCUCCAGGUUUGAGAUUUAGUGUCUUUUUUACUAGUAUUCACUUUUCGAAAGCUCUGGAAAAUGCAAGCACUAGAUAUUUUCAUAAAAAUGAUCACCUUCUCUAAGGACCCUUGUUUUGGGAGGGCUGGAGCACUCUGCCCUGUACCAUAGACCUGCCUGGGAAGGAUUUUCAAACAGAGGAGUAGUUUCUGUGCAGAAACUGAAUUAUACAUACAUACCUAUGAGAAUCCUGGGUUUACACAUUAAACCGUGGCUGACAGUAACCUGUUUCUCCCACCACCGGCCCUGCCCUUUGUUACAGCUGCCAACCAAGCUUUCCGGGGCUGAUGUGGCUGACUGGUAGCUGGUGCCUAGAAGUAUUUGGCACAGCAUUUUUACCUAAUUCGUUUUCUUUUCUCCUAUGGGAAACCAAUCCCUAUUGUUCUGUUCCUUUCUCUUCCCCCUCAAUUUUCAUCAUUCAGUCAUUCUUAUGUCAAGAAGUCUAUGAUAGACACACAUUAAUCCCUUUUCCCUUCUCUUUUAAAUGAGCUCUUAUCUCGUUACUCUAGGAAAAAUGUCCCCUUCUCUUUUCAUUCAUUCAUCAGAUAUUCACUGAAAUCCUUCUGUACCUCCUCUUCCUUCAUCUUAUGUGUGAGUCAGAAAACAGCUCUAAUCAUGGCUGAAGAUAAUAAUAGAUUGAGUAAUAUAGAAUCUUCUCUGUUUCCAGAUAAGAGUUUCUGAAAGGCUGUUCAUCAAUGAGCAAGUCCAUUGUUACUAAGAUGGGUUUCCGUUUGCAGGCCAGGGAUGUUUCUGUGAACUAAGAGCGUAGACUAGUUCUUUAAAACCAAGCAAACCACUCAUUUGUUCCCAAAGGGGCCAACUUCCUGUGCACUGAAAACUUUUAGAGAAUUGUAGAGAAUUUAACUUCCCUCUUUGACAAAAUGAGUAAGGAACUCAGUAAUAAAACAUCCAGCCCCUGCCUUUCUGUCUGCUUUUUGGGGCAAAUCUGAACCGGCUUUGAAUCCUCCUUAGCCACAGAAGAAGAUUUAUCACACUUUGCAAAUACCUCAUCACUUUGUUGUGAGGAUUAAUAAAGUAAUAUAGGUAAGCUUUCUGGCUCACAGUAAUGAUAGAAGUUGCUACUGACAGCACUAGAGUAUAGCUCUAUGUAGCAAAGAUUUUUGUUCCUUGCUGUAUCUGGCACAUAUUAGAUACUCAGUAAAUAAUGAAAGGAUACAUGGAUGCCCCUUAUUGUCACAUAGGACAGAACUUGUAGAAUUCUACCUGAAAACAAUAAAGUAAAAAAGCCGAGUCUCGGUAAUAAAGGGUUGGUUUAAAUUGCCAGGUAAAUGUAUCAGUUUCAAGCGAGUCUACUAAGUGUGAAGAGCAAGCAUACUGCAAACUCCUCGGUGUUUUCCAUACUUCAGUGUUCCUCUCGGUCACUCUGUUCUCUUCCUUCUGAAUCUUGCCCCUCCCCUCCCCCGAACUGUGUACCUCUUUCUCAUUUCUCUUUCUCUGCCCUUGGACUCUCUUUAUAGGUCUUUUCUUGAAUGGUAUAUGUUUGUAUGAGUUUCUCUACCCAGUUUUCUCUUCUCUUGAUUUUCUCCCUUCACCAUCGUAGAGAUUUUUUAAAAUAAACAUGUAUAGAGUUUUGGUGGUGGUGGUUGGUGGUGGUGUGUGGAAAACUCCUGGAGUUACUUUACCUUUGCAAGGCAUGAUUGAAUUUCCUCUGUGAUUCUUUAAUAGACAGAAGGAAAGCUUUUCACUCCUGAUCUAAGCUCCCAGAUUGUGAAGCAUUUUAAAAUUUGUCUUAAAUUCCUUCCUCCUGCAUUUUUGCUUCUGGAAAUAUCCUUUGACCAUCUUCUUUAAUUCUGACUACUUCUGCUUUUCACUGAGUUACAAUAAGUGGUUCAUGAAUUGCUUCCAUGUUCAUCUGAGAUCCUCUUCAAAGGGUUGCAUGAUUUUUCAACCACUUAAUUCAAAGAACCUUUUCUUGGAAAUUGUCCUUAUCAUUAUAAAGUUGUUUUAAUGACAUAGUUCUCUGUGCCGUUCUCAACAUUAAAAUUAUUGUAUAGCAUUUGCAAUAUAAUAUACUGGGUUUUUUUGUUUUUUGUUUUUACUAAGUCACACUUAUUGGAAAUGCAAGGGCCCUGAAGUGCCUGAGUGGCUCAGUUGGUUGUGCGUCUGACUCUUGAUUUGGGCUCAGGUCAUGAUCUCACAAUUUGUGAGUCCAAGCCCUGUGUCAGGUUCUGCGCUGACAGUGUGGAACCUACUUGGGAUUCUCUCUUUCCCUCUUUCUCUGCCCCUCCCCUGCUUGCACUUGUGUGCUUGCUCGCUCUUUCUCUCUUUCAAAAUAAAUAAACAUUAAAAAAAAGAAGAAAAGAAACAGAGGCCCUAAAGAGAUAAUACUUAGAUAUUUUGCUAAAGUAAAAAGAGGGUCUUCUCCCCAAAUUACCUGGCACUAGAAGUCAAAAUAAAUUGUCAUUGACAAAUACUAUGUUAUAUAAUCCCAGGCCUUCAAAUUCCAGGCGGGUUCUUUCCUUUUGGGUUCCUUGUCACUGUAUUCCUUGACAGAUCACUGCCCUUUAUUGACCUUCCCUUCCCAUCAGCUCUUCCCUACCUAAAAAUUUAUUGAAAAAAGAAAAAGCUGUAUCACCCUUUGGGUUUUUCCUUUUUAAAGAUCUGUAAAUAGGGGGGCGCCUGGGUGGCUCAGUCGGUUAAGUGUCUGACUUCGGCUCAGGUCAUGAUCUCACAGUUCAUGGGUUUGAGCCCUGUGUCGGGCUCUGUGCUGACAGCUCAGAGCCUGCAGCCUGCUUCUGAUUCUGUGUCUCCCUCUCUCUCUGCUCCUCCCCCGCUCAUGCUGUGUCUCUCUCUCUCUCCUUCAAAAAUAAAUAAAAACAUUUAAAAAAAAAGUUUAAAGAUCUGUAAAUACGGGCACCUGUCUGGCUCAGUUGGUAGAGCAUGUGACUCUUGAUCUCAGCAUUGUAAAGAAGUUCGAGCCCCACAUUGGGUGUAGAAAUUACUUAAAAAUAAAAUCUUUAAAACAAAUAAGUAAACCGUCAUAAAUAAAUAUAGCAGCCUCUUUGUUUCAUUUUAGAAAAUUAAGGGGAGAAAAGACUUUACAUAUUAUGUUAGUGGCUUUUUAAAACUUUAUUUUCUGUUCCCACUAGAGGGCAUUCUUUCCUCUGAUUUUAAUUCAUAGCUUUUGUAUAUUUAUUUUUACAGAACUGCUAAAUAAAAAGAUAAAUGUAGGGGCGCCUGGGUGGCUCAGUCAGUUAAGCGUCUGACUUCCACUCAGAUCAUGAUCUCACGGUUCACGAGUUGGAGCCCCACAUCGGGCUCUGUGCUGACAGUUCAUAGCCUGGAGCCUGCUUCAUUCAGAUCUUGUGUCUGUCUCCCUCUCUCUCUGCCCCUCCCUCGCUUGCAUUCUCGCUCGCUCUCAAAAAUAAAUAAACGUUAAAAAAAAUUUUUUUUAAUAGAUAAAUGUUGAGGAUAUGAAUGUGUUCAGAUACACCUCUUACAGAUAGGAGUUGUCAGAAAUACACCAUUCUCUUCAUUUAAGCUUCAUCUGUGCCAAUAUCAAAAUUGAUGUCAAACCAUAUUUCCUAGCAUUUUUACCUCAUAAGUGAGCUUGGUUAGAUGGGGGAUCACAAAUAUCCCACCAUAACUUUAUGAUGCUGUUUGUGCAGUUACAUUUUACAGACCAGUGCUUAUCCUAAUUUAUGUUGCAAUAUGGCUAAAGCUAGAUUAUUCAAAGAUGAGUUUGCGUAUUUUAUUAUGUGGUUAACUCAGUUUUUGUAAGCUGUAUUUAAUAUAGGACAAACGAAACCUAAACAUAUUUUGUUAAUCCAGUAGAUCUCAGUGCUAACACCCAAUGGUUUUCCAGCCUUGCCUCUCAAGGCAAUAUUUUAUUUGACAGUAAGUAUUUGAACUCUUGUUUCUGUUGUGACAUCAUGCUUUUCUGCAGGAACUUUAUCCUUAACAUCUAAUCAGAAGCAGCUCCAUUCUUCUAUUAAAGAAUUGAUAAUUUGACAUGAGCCGCAUAUAUGUUCUGUUUCAGACUUUCCUGAGCCUCCUGGUACCAGGUGUCAGCUGUGAUGCAUGUUUAAAAGGAAAUUUUCGAGGUCGCAGAUAUAAGUGUUUAAUUUGCUACGAUUACGAUCUUUGUGCAUCUUGUUAUGAAAGUGGUGCAACAACCACAAGGCAUACAACUGACCACCCAAUGCAGUGCAUAUUAACAAGGGUAGAUUUUGAUUUGUAUUAUGGUGGGGAAGCUUUCUCUGUAGAGCAGCCACAGUCUUUUACUUGUCCCUAUUGUGGAAAAAUGGGCUAUACGGAGACAUCGCUCCAAGAACAUGUUACUUCUGAGCAUGCAGAAACAUCAACAGAAGUGAUUUGUCCAAUAUGUGCAGCAUUACCUGGAGGCGAUCCUAAUCAUGUCACGGAUGACUUUGCAGCUCAUCUUACACUUGAACACAGAGCCCCUAGAGAUUUAGAUGAAUCGAGUGGUGUUCGACAUGUACGUAGAAUGUUUCACCCUGGCCGGGGACUAGGAGGUCCUCGUGCUCGUAGAUCAAACAUGCACUUUACUAGCAGUUCUACUGGUGGACUUUCUUCCUCUCAGAGUUCAUAUUCUCCAAGCAAUAGGGAGGCCAUGGAUCCUAUAGCUGAGCUGCUGUCUCAGCUGUCAGGAGUGAGGCGGUCCGCGGGAGGACAGCUUAACUCUUCGGGCCCUUCCGCUUCGCAGUUGCAGCAGCUGCAGAUGCAGCUGCAGCUGGAGCGGCAGCACGCGCAGGCGGCGCGGCAGCAGCUGGAGACCGCCCGCAACGCCACCCGGCGCGCUAACACGAGCGGCGUCACCACCACGAUCACGCAGUCCACGGCAGCGACCAACAUCGCCAACACGGAAAGCAGUCCGCAGACUGUCCACAAUUCCCAGUUUCUUUUAACAAGGUUGAACGAUCCUAAAAUGUCGGAAACAGAGCGCCAGUCCAUGGAAAGUGAGCGCGCGGACCGCAGCCUGUUUGUCCAAGAGCUCCUUCUGUCCACUCUAGUGCGCGAAGAGAGCUCGUCCUCCGACGAGGAUGAACGGGGGGAGAUGGCAGAUUUCGGUGCUAUGGGCUGUGUAGAUAUUAUGCCUUUAGAUGUUGCUUUAGAAAACCUAAAUUUAAAAGAGAGUAAUAAAGGAAAUGAGCCUCCACCACCUCCUCUUUGAUGACAUCCCAAUUCGCAGACAAUGUCCUCUGUGCUGUAUUUGCCAAUGAAAGUGGACAACAACUAUCUUGGGUUUGUUUGGUGAUUGUAAUUUCAGGUCUGUCACUCUUGUUACAUUGUGUACAUUCAAAGGAAGAGAGAAAAUAUAUAUGAUAAUCAUUUCCACUUAACUAAUUUUUACUUCUAGCAGGUAAAUGUAGGUAGCAGUGCAGGGGUGAUCUCUGCUUCCUGUACCUUGACAUGCAAAAGGCUCUCCUAAUACUCCACAUUCAAACUGAAGAGGAAAAUUGAAAUCUCUAAUGAAGCUGCUGUGUGUAUUUAUGAAUAUUAAUGAAUAAAAACUGCUUGGAUGGUUUACCUUAA